GGAGUUGGUGCGUGAUACCAAGUAAUAAUUGCCCUUUUCCUGUUGUGUAUCGCUAUUAUGAGGCUAUUGUCUGCGUUGUCCCUAGCGACCAUUUUUCCUGUUCUUGAAGAGUCAAAAUGAAUCGAUAAUGAACGCAAUGAUUACUUUCUCAUUUUGCAUAAUUAUGUCAAGAGCAACAGAACAAAUAAGACAGAAUUCAAUGGUCAUGCGACAUCACGUCACGCUCCAACAGAAAUAUACCUCAAUAAAUUUCUUCGCUCGUAUGGUUGAUGUGGUUUGCCAAAGACAUCACUCGUUUUGCUAUUUUGUUGGAAUGAAUCUCAGCGUCUGAAACAUCUGAGCAAUGGCAAUGAAAAGCAAGUUUUCUGACGUUCACAUUCCGCAAGACCUUUCAUGGCCGCAGUUCGUGUUUCAAAACUUUGAAGCCAACGGCAGCAAGAUGGCAAUUGUGGACGGACCUUCCGGUCGAUCUUACACCUUUGAACAGCUUGCUGUGCUGACCAAAAAAUUCGCCUCAGCUCUGACGAAGAAAGGCUUCAAAAAGGGCGACGUUUUCGCCAUCCUUCUUCCAAACAUUCCAGAAUUUCCCAUAGUCUACUAUGGUGUUAUUUUCAUCGGUGGAGUCGUGACAACGAUGAAUCCGUUGUACACAGUGGAAGAAAUAACACACCAGCUCCAAGAUGCAGGCGUUACAUCUAUUAUUACCAUACCACUGUUUGCUGAUAAAGUCAAAGAAAGCACUUCCAAUGUAGGAAUUAACACGGUUUAUGUUGUCGGCGAAGCCGAAGGUUGCGAAUCUCUUUCGGCGUUACUCCAAGAUGAUGGCGAAGAUUUUCCGAAAAACGUCGAAAUAAACCCGAAGGAAGACGUCGCCUGCUUGCCAUAUUCCAGUGGCACCACAGGGGUCCCCAAGGGAGUAAUGCUGACUCAUUAUAAUCUGAUCGCAUGCGCCUUAAUUGUUACUCAUGAAAGUUUCAUGUGGAAUAAAGAAGAAGAUGCCGCUGUUCUUGGCCUCCUACCAUUCUUCCAUAGUUUUGGACAAGUUAUAUCAAUGUCUUGUGCCUUAUAUAAGGGUGCCAAGGUUGUUUGUGUGCCAAAGUUUGAGCCAGAGUCUUUCCUUAAGAUCAUUCAGGAGCACAAGGUCUCCCACGCGGCCCUCGUGCCUUCGACGGUACUAUUUUUAUCCAAGAGUCCGCUGGUCGAACAGUAUGAUUUGUCAAGUCUGAAAGAUGUUACAUCCGGGGCAGCCCCACUUGGUGAAGAGUUGUCAAAAUCACUGAAGGAACGUCUUCCAUCCAUCGAAUGGUUCAGGCAAGGUUACGGCAUGACCGAGUUAAGUCCCGUAUGUCACGUGACUCCGUUUGAUAACAUUAAAUACGGAUCUGUGGGAGUACUUUUACCAAAUCUCGAGUGUAAGGUUGUUGAUAUUGAGAAUGGUGACGAGCUUGCUCCAAAUAAAGAGGGAGAAAUUUGUGUCAAGGGACCCACCGUUAUGAAAGGAUACUUGAACAAUCCAGAAGCGACCGCUAAGACAAUCGAAAGCGAUGGCUGGCUCCACACAGGAGAUAUUGGAUACUAUGAUGAAGACGAGCAUUUCUUUAUUGUUGAUCGACUGAAAGAACUAAUCAAAUACAAAGGAUUUCAGGUUGCUCCAGCCGAACUUGAGGCUCUCCUCGUUUCUCACACGGCCAUAGAAGAUGCUGCAGUAAUAGGGGUCCCGGACGCCAGAGCAGGCGAACUACCCAAAGCGUUUGUUGUAAAGAAAGCAAACGAAGAAAUCACCGAAGAAGAGAUAGCUAAAUACAUUGAAGAGAGAGUAGCACCGCACAAGAAUUUAAGAGGUGGCGUGGAAUUCAUCGAUAAAAUACCAAGAUCUCUGAGUGGUAAAAUUCUUCGUAGAGAACUCAAAGAGAAAGUGACUGCCGCGCUUCUAAACGUGGUUAACAAUAAAACCAAAGAGGAAGAGCAGAAUGUAAUCAGGAGUAAGAACCCGGAUGUGGAAAUUCCAGAUAAUCUGUCGUGGACAGAGUUUGUCUUUCAGCAUUUUGAUGAGUAUGAAGACAGGGAAGCCAUGAGAGACUCCAUAACCGAUCGCUCCUACUCAUACCGUCAAGUGAAGGAUUUGAGCAAAAGAAUUGCAUCUGCUCUUAACAAGCGAGGCUUAAAAAAGGGGGAUGUCUUCGCCAUGUUGCUGCCAAAUCUUCCAGAAUUUCCAAUCGUGUACUUUGGUGUGCUUCAAGCAGGAGGUGUAAUUACAGCAGCUAAUCCGCUCUUCACAACUGAGGAACUUGCCAAACAAUUGAAACAAGCUGACACCAAGUGGAUCUUAACGGUGCCCCAGUUAGUGCAUCGGGCAAAAGAAGCCAUGCAAGAACUGGGGCGAAGCAAUGUUUUCGUCAUCGGUGACGUGGACGGGUGUGAGUCGCUCUCAGGCCUCCUCGCAGACGAUGGUUCAAGCUUUCCCGACGUAGCCAUAAACCCCAAGGAAGAUAUAGCAGUGCUGCCAUUCUCAAGCGGGACAACAGGCCACCCCAAGGGGGUCAUACUGACGCACCAUAAUCUCAUCUCGUGCGGCAGUAUCAUGCGCUCGAAAGGGUUUCUUAGCUUCGACGAAACAACUGUCCUCUUAGCAUUCCUUCCUUUUUUUCAUAGUUACGGAAUGGUAGCCAUCAUGUCGAUGGGUCUUCAUUGUGGAAGCACUAUUAUCACCAUGCCACGGUUUGAACGAGAAAAGUUUCUUCACGCUCUUCAGAAUUAUGAGGUGACACAUCUUCCUGUGGUCCCCCCUGUGGUGCUUAUGUUAGCUAAGCAUCCCUCGGUUGAUAACUUUGACUUGUCCUAUCUAACUGAGGUCACCUCAGGGGCGGCCCCCCUGGGGAAAGAAUUGUCGCAAGCUUUGAAGGACAGAUUACCACUGCUGAGUAGCAUAAGACAAGGUUACGGCAUGACAGAACUCAGCCCAGUGUGUCACAUGACUCCUGCAGACAACAAUAAACAUGGUUCGCUGGGUGUCCUUCUACCAAACUUACGAUGCAAGGUAGUUGAUGUGGAGACUGGGGAGAAUCUGGGCCAUGGACAAGAUGGCGAGAUUUGUGUCAAAGGACCCACGGUCAUGAAAGGUUACCUCAACAACCCAGAAGCCACUGCGCAGACAAUCGACAGUGACGGCUGGCUUCACACUGGAGACAUUGGACAUUACGACGAAGAUGAACAUUUCUACAUUGUUGACAGAGUUAAAGAACUAAUAAAAUACAACGGUUAUCAGGUUCCCCCUGCUGAACUCGAAGCUCUCCUUAUCUCGCAUCCAGACAUAGAGGACGCUGCUGUGAUUGGAAUCCCGAAUUUGGAAGUUGGCGAGUUACCAAUGGCAUUUGUUGUUCGUAAGGCUAACGCAACGCUCACUGAGAAGGACGUGGAAAUAUUCGUUGAUGAAAAUGUAGCGCCGUACAAGAAACUGCGUGGCGGUGUCGAGUUCAUUGAUGAAAUUCCAAAGUCUUUAAGUGGAAAAAUUCUACGUCGAGAAUUAAAGGACAAAUUGAACCAGCUGAUCAAAGUCGAUAAGCCUACGAAUUCAAACCGCAGCUUCAGAAAAAGCGUGCGCCAAAACGGCGACAAGAAAGAAGUCAAUGGGAAUUCUGAGGGUAUGCCUCCGAAUGUGGCAAAAUCCAGUUGCUGUGUUCUUAUUUAAAGUUAUACCAUCAAAAUCUCAAAGUUUAAGAUAACACUUCUCCUUAGUCAUGUCACGCACAGCUUGGCUCUGGGAAUCUGGUGCAAGUCAAGACAACAAUCCUUAGUUGGAGAUUUUCUUGGUCUACGGAUGAUUAAAACAUCAGAGUAUUUUCUAUAUUUCGGAAGAUAAACUAAGCAGGGAAAUACCGUAAUGAGUCGAUUCAACGCUCCCCUCCCCCCUCCCCUCCCCGUCAAUAGGCGCUCCCUUUUUAAUAAUCCCGCUACCUCACGCCCCGGGCGCUAAAUUGGAUCAUUAUGCUAGCCUCGAAGCUAUGAUAGGAGAGGAGUGACAAAUACCGUUAAUAAUAAAAUAAUACUAUCAUCGUACAUAUUGAGCAAUUCGUACGGCAUAAUACAUAUUACAGCGAAUAUGUACAAUAUGAUUAUAACAUAAACGCGUUUCGCGCUAAAGAUCAGUUCCUUAUUUUUUUAUUACCGUUGUGCGCGUGUUUAUUCAGCACAGUGGUAGCCUGAUAGUGUUUGUAUAGUAGGCAUAGUAUUAACAACACUAGCUGUGUAUUAUAUGUAGAUUAGACCCAUCUGAUGGAGAAAUUGUUAUUUAAAAGGAGCCAUGAGCCUUGUUUAAGAUGGACAACUACAAUAAACGACAACACAAUCUGUAA